CUCUAACGCCCCACCUUCCUUAAGUUAACCCACAUUUUGAGUCCGCAAUCAAAUAUCAAAUAUCCAACAUGAACUUCUAUUUGCUGGUGAUUGCGUCCCUGUGUUUUCUGACCUACAUCAGUUGUGAUGGCUGUCUCCAGUGCAAUUCGAAAACGGAGCCCCGUUGCGCCACCGAUCCGCUCAGCUUAUUCACCAAGAACUGCUCAGAGUCCACCGGCGGAGCCGAGUGCUACGUGCGCGUCAUCAAAGACGGCUACACCGUGCGCGGCUGUGUGAAAGAGCUGGACAAUGCCACCAAGGCCACCUGCAACAACGAGCUGGAGUGCCAGAUCUGUACGUACGCGGAGGGCUGCAACCGUCAGAUGUUCCCCUCCUCGCGCGCCCAGUGCCUCCAGUGCUCGGGCAACUCCACCUCCUCGAGCUGCGCCAGCCAGGUGUACGAGCACGCCUCCAUCUGUCCCAUCUAUAAGCUGGGCGACCUCUGCUACAUUCGCAACAGCAACCGCACCGCGGACGGGUCCUUCCAGCGCGGCUGCCUUACCAGCGCCCAGGCCAACAAGCAGUGCAUCAAGGACGGCCACUGCUUCACGUGCACGGGGCGCGGCUGCAACUUCCUGCAGGCCAACGAUACCCUGAUUCCCCUGGCCCGCGACUCCAGCGCCCAGCUGGUGCUCUCGAUGUCUCUGCUCCUCUGCGGCCUCCUCGUCGCCUGGAUGCUGUGAAGCCCAGCCCUCUCUCUCUCUCUCUCUCUCCAUCUCUCUUGCUGGGGACAUUGAAAGCCACAUUUUUCCUUCAGAAUUAUAUACUAUUCUAUUAGAUAUUCAUUUCUUUUUUUUUUGUAAUUUGUAAUUAUAUAAAAAUCACACUC